AUGUACCGGUGCCUGGGUGAAGCGCUGCUGCUGUCCCGCGUCGGGCCCGCAGCCCUGGGUUCCGUGGCUACCGACUCGGCCGUGCUGCUGGGCCGGGCCCGCGGGCAGGCUGCCGCAGCCGUCGCCGCCCCGCAGCCAGGGCUUGUGCCACCCGCUCGGCGACACUACAGCGAGGCGGCGGCAGACCGCGAGGACGACCCCAACUUCUUCAAGAUGGUGGAGGGCUUCUUUGACCGCGGUGCCAGCAUCGUGGAGGACAAGCUGGUGGAGGACCUCAAGACCCGGGAGACCGAGGAGCAGAAGCGGAACCGGGUGCGUGGCAUCCUGCGGAUCAUCAAGCCCUGCAACCAUGUGCUGAGCUUGUCCUUCCCCAUCCGGCGCGACGACGGCUCCUGGGAAGUCAUCGAGGGCUACCGGGCCCAGCACAGCCAGCACCGCACGCCCUGCAAGGGAGGUAUCCGUUACAGCACUGAUGUGAGUGUAGAUGAAGUAAAAGCUCUGGCUUCUCUGAUGACAUAUAAGUGUGCAGUGGUUGAUGUGCCAUUUGGGGGUGCCAAAGCUGGUGUUAAGAUCAAUCCCAAGAACUAUACUGAUAAUGAAUUGGAAAAGAUCACAAGGAGGUUCACCAUGGAGCUGGCAAAGAAGGGCUUUAUUGGUCCUGGCAUUGAUGUGCCUGCCCCAGACAUGAGCACAGGCGAGCGGGAGAUGUCCUGGAUUGCUGACACCUAUGCUAGCACUAUAGGGCACUAUGAUAUUAAUGCCCAUGCCUGUGUUACUGGUAAGCCCAUCAGUCAGGGUGGAAUCCAUGGACGGAUCUCUGCUACUGGCCGGGGAGUUUUCCAUGGGAUUGAAAAUUUCAUCAAUGAGGCUUCUUACAUGAGUAUUUUAGGAAUGACACCAGGGUUUGGAGAUAAAACAUUUGCGGUUCAGGGAUUUGGUAAUGUGGGCCUGCACUCUAUGAGAUAUUUACAUCGUUUUGGUGCUAAAUGUGUUGCUGUUGGUGAGUCUGAUGGCAGCAUAUGGAAUCCAGAUGGUAUUGACCCAAAGGAACUGGAAGACUUCAAAUUGCAACAUGGAACAAUCCUGGGCUUCCCCAAAGCAAAGAUCUACGAAGGGAGCAUCUUGGAGGUUGACUGUGACAUACUGAUCCCUGCUGCCAGCGAGAAGCAGCUGACCAAGUCCAAUGCACAAAGAGUCAAAGCCAAGAUCAUUGCUGAAGGUGCCAACGGACCAACAACUCCAGAAGCUGAUAAGAUUUUCCUAGAAAGGAACAUCAUGGUUAUUCCAGAUCUCUACUUGAAUGCUGGAGGAGUGACAGUAUCUUACUUUGAGUGGCUGAAGAAUCUAAAUCAUGUCAGCUAUGGUCGUUUGACCUUCAAAUAUGAAAGGGAUUCUAACUACCACUUGCUCAUGUCUGUUCAAGAGAGUUUGGAAAGGAAAUUUGGAAAACAUGGUGGAACUAUUCCCAUUGUGCCCACAGCAGAGUUCCAAGACAGGAUAUCGGGUGCCUCUGAGAAAGACAUCGUGCACUCUGGUUUAGCUUACACCAUGGAGCGCUCUGCCAGGCAAAUUAUGCGCACAGCCAUGAAAUAUAACCUGGGGUUGGACCUGAGAACAGCUGCCUAUGUCAACGCCAUCGAGAAAGUCUUCAAGGUGUACAAUGAAGCUGGUGUGACCUUCACAUAG